UCGUACAAGAACACAAUAUCUUGGGAAAAGCUAGUGGAAGAGCUGGAAAGUCGUGGAGUCUUGCUAAGCGAAGAGAAAAAAAUGUACGAAGAGAAGCUUCUGGCUGAAGCGCAAGCUCGUGAGGAGGAACACAGCCGUUAUUUGGUGCGAAAAGCUUUGUUAGCUUUGAAAUUUCAUUUACAUGUAGAUUUUAUUCAAUGA